CACAUUGUUCUGUCGCAUUAGUGAUUCGUUAUGGUUGUUAAAUCGCCGAAAGUUAAUCGACUGCUUAAUAUUACUCUCCAAAAUCGUUAAACAAUUUAAUUUUCUGGGUGUUUCUUUAAACUAUAUAUUUUUAUUAUUUUGAUAUAUUUUGGCAAUUACAAUUAAAUGCUAUUUUGUAAUACAAUUUUUACUACUUAUUUUUGAAAAACAAUAGUCGGAGUGUUUCCGAAAUGGGUGGACAAGCUACUAAAAUCUCACGAUCGUCAUCUACUACAACUACCCCUGAUCAAAAUUUAAAUCCUGAAAAUAAUGAUCUUAUAAAUGACCAGGAAAAUCGAGCUGGAACACUCGAAACCUCAGAGAACCCAUCAUCAAUUCCUACGCAAGCAGGAUGUACAAAUUUAUACUGUAAUCGACUAGAAAUUGUCGCGGAGGAAGAGUUGUUUUCUACAUCAAAUACCUCAAAAGAUUCUUCUGGAGAAGAAGUAUUUGAAGAUGCAACUUCUAUAAAUGUUUUAGAGCCAAUUAAAGAUUCGGCUAAUGCUUUUAAACAGUCAUCUGAUAUAAGUGUUGUAUCACCUAGUGUUGUAUCAAUCGACAAUACCUUGUUAGAUUUUGAGGUAGUUCAUAAUACAAAGUUAUCACAAAUGACGAAACUCGAAGUAUCUGAUAGUGAUACAGCUUUAAAAAGAGUUGAAAAAAUAGCAUUAGCAUCUGACAAAAAUAAUAUUUUUACAAUAAAAGAUGAAAAAUCAAUGGAGAUUAUACAACCAUGUAAUAACCAUACACGAAUUCUCACUCUUGAAGCAAACCAUCAUUUAGAAAAUACUUUAUAUCGAUUAAACAAGGGAUGGUACUUGGAGUUUCGUAUUGGUCCAUCAUUAUUUGGUAAAGAUGUUAUUCUUUAUACCAAUAUACCAUCUGAAAAAAAACAAUUUAAUAGGAAUAUUUAUCGCCGUCUUGAUUGGAUUCGAGAAUGGGCUGCAGAUGAAAUAAUAAAUGAUGAUUCUUCUUUAUCUUGUGUUGUUCUAAUGAAUCAAGCAGGCUCUUUUCAUUACUAUUUUGAAUAUGAAGGAAUAAAAAAGGGUAAUGGAUUUAUUUGUGUGGAUCCAAGUUUAUCAACAGGAGUUAAAAAUAUUCCAUUAAAUUCAUUACAAGUGGUUUCGAUGUUGACAAAAUGUUUAGGACCCUUAUCUUCAUGGAAAUCAAAGUUACAAGUAGCCUAUGAAGCAGGUUACAAUAUGGUUCAUUUUACACCCAUUCAAGAACUUGGUGGUUCACAUUCAUCAUACAGUUUAAAAGAUCAACUUGCAUUAAAUCCAUCAUUUAAUUAUAACAACCAUAAAGUGACAUUCAAUGAUAUCAAAUUAAUAAUUGAAGAAAUGAGAAAUGAAUGGAAUAUACUGAGUAUUUGUGACAUAGUUCUUAAUCAUUCAUCAAAUGAAAGUGCUUGGUUAAUGGAACAUUCAGAAUGUGCUUAUAAUUUAGUAAAUUGUCCUUAUUUAAAACCAGCAUAUUUAUUAGAUUACCAUUUGUAUCACUUUAGUAUUGAAGUGUCUAAAGGUAUGUGGGAACUAUCUGGAAUACCACAUAUUAUCAAUGGUGAAGAGCAUUUACAUUCCAUUAGACAUGCAUUACUUACAAACUUAUUACCAAAAAUAAAAAUUCAUGAAUUAUAUCAAGCUAAUGUUGAAAAAAUUAUUACUGAAUUUCAAGAAAAGGUUCGUACUGGGCCACCUCCAACAGUUAAUAAAUCAUUGAAUAAAAAUGAAGAAAUAACUUUGAUUCCUGAUAAAGAAUUCAGAAGAUUAGCAGCUAUUAUAGAUAUGGAUAAAGCUUUAGAAAUAUAUAAUAUUUAUAGAAGUGAUUGUUUUGAUGAAGACACCAGACUUCAACAUUGUAGUUUUGAGUUGAAACUGAAAUUAGAAGAAUUGAAUCGUAAUGUUUUUUGUGUAAUUCAAGCUCAUUUAGAAGCUGCUAUAAAUAAUUGUAUAGCAAGUAUCAGAUAUUUUAGAGUACAACCAGAUGGUCCCAGAUUAAGUUCUAUAUCAUCUGAAGAACCCUUAGUUCCAAGGUACUUUAAAGAUUUUGAAAACUUCAGUGCCGAAGAAGUAUUAUAUUCAUCAAAUGGUCAAUUUAUUAUGGCUCAUAAUGGCUGGGUCAUGGGAGGUGAUCCUCUUAAAAAUUUUGCUGGACCAAAUUCUGAUACUUACCUACGCAGAGAAUUAAUAGCAUGGGGAGAUAGUGUUAAAUUACGAUAUGGAGAUAAGCCAGAAGACUGUCCAUUUCUUUGGAAUCAUAUGAAACAAUAUGUUGAACAAACUGUGAAUAUUUUUGAUGGUGUCAGAUUGGAUAAUUGUCAUUCUACUCCAUUGCCUGUUGCAGAGUACUUACUUGAUGCUGCUCGUAAAAUUAGACCUGACUUAUAUGUUGUUGCAGAAUUAUUUACUAAUUCAGAUGCAACUGAUAAUUUAUUUGUUAAUAGACUUGGUAUUACAUCAUUAAUUCGAGAAGCCAUGUCUGCAUGGGAUUCACAUGAACUUGGUCGUUUGGUUUACCGUUAUGGUGGUGAUCCUGUUGGCGCUUUCAUUAGACCACAGGAACAACAUUUACGUCCUUCAAUAGCACAUGCUCUUUUCAUGGAUCAAACGCAUGACAAUCCCUCUCCAAUUGAAAAACGAUCAGUUUAUGACUUAUUGCCUAGCACAGCAUUGGUAUCAAUGGCAUGUUGUGCUAGUGGAAGUAAUAUGGGUUAUGAUCAAUUAGUUCCUCAUCAUAUUGAUGUAGUUUCUGAAGAGAGAGAGUACAUGGAUUGGGUAGACUUAAGCGUUAGUUUUAAAAGUGGAAUUAUGGCUGGAAAAAAAGCUCUAAAUGAUCUCCAUUAUGAAUUAGGAAUACAAGGUUUUGAUCAAGUCUUUGUUGACCAAGUGGAUUCUGAUAUUGUUUGUGUAACUCGACAAAAUAGUAAAACCCAUGAAACAGUUGUGUUGAUGUCCUAUACAGCUUUUACUAAAAAUCAGAGCUCACCAUAUUUACCAUUACAUAAAAAUGGUUUAGGUAAAGGAAUCACGGUAGAUGGACAAGUCAACAAAAUACUUAUAGAAGCUAUUUUACAAAAAAAUGAAGAAAAUAAUGAAGAAUUCACAAAAGAUUCAAAUAAAAUAAAUGGUCUUACAGAUUUUAAUUUAAAAAUUAAGCAAAAUAUUAGUGCAAAAGAUUGUACUAUGUUAAAUAUUGUAUCUACUAAUGAAAGAUCAAUACGUUUUAAUUUUACUGAAAAUUUUAAGCCAGGAUCUAUUGUUGUAGUUAGUAUUGAACCUCAUCAAAAAACAAAAACUGCAGUCAAACAAUUAUUAUCUAAUAUUGAUUUGGUACAAGCUGUUAGUCGAUUAACAUUAAUAGACAUGAACUAUGUGUUGUUCAGAUGUGCUGAAGAAGAUGAUGGAAAUAUUUAUAACGUUCCACAAUUUGGAAAUCUUGUAUACUGUGGUAUACAAGGACUGAUAUCUAUUUUUGAUGAAGUGGCUCCAAACAUUGAUCUUGGCCAUCCAUUAUGUACUAAUUUACGAAAUGGGUGUUGGUUAGUUGAUUAUGUAUCCAAACGUUUAAAGAAAAAAGAGUUUGAAAAUACUCCUCUAUAUCAAUUUGGAGAUUUUUUGGAAAUAUUUUUACAACCAAUUAAAAAUUUACCAUCUUAUUUGGUACCUUGUUAUUUUGAAUUAGUCAUAAGAAAAGUUUAUAAUGCAUUACUUUAUCAUACAUGGUCUUUGAUGCAUAGUGAUAUUAAAAAUGGAUCUUUGUUUUGUAAGAGUUUAGCUCUUGCUUCAAUUCAAUUUGUUGGAAUAGUAAAUUCUAGUCCUCUUCCAUCACUUUCACCAAAUCUCUUAGCUCCAAUGCUUAAAAUUUGUGUGGGGCAAGAUGGAAAAGUGCGACCUUAUUGUGUUUCUAUUUCUGCUGGAUUACCACAUUUUUCCACUGGCUAUAUGAGAAAUUGGGGCCGGGAUACUUUUAUUUCAAUUAGAGGGUUAUUAUUGCUAGUUGGGCGAUAUGAUGAAGUUAAGUUUAUUAUCUUGGCAUUUGGUGGUUGUUUAAGACAUGGUCUUAUUCCAAAUCUUUUAGAUGGAGGAAAUAACCCCAGAUAUAAUUGUCGUGAUGCUGUUUGGUGGUGGUUAUAUAGUAUUAAGCAGUAUGUUCAAACUGUUCCUGGGGGAAUAAGUAUCUUGAAUGAUCCAGUAAAUAGAAUUUUUCCUACUGAUGACUCAGAACCAACUUCAAUUGAACAACCUUUAUAUGAUGUGAUACAAGAAGUAAUGUCUAUACAUUUCCAAGGACUGUGUUUUCGUGAACGUAAUGCUGGUAUUACUAUUGAUGCUCAUAUGAAAAGUCAAGGUUUCGAUAACCAAAUAGGAGUACAUCCUUUAACUGGAUUUAUUUUUGGUGGUAAUGAAUGGAAUUGUGGUACAUGGAUGGAUAAAAUGGGUUCAUCAGAUAAAGCAGGAAAUAGAGGUCACCCUGCAACACCACGUGAUGGGUCAGCUAUAGAGUUGGUUGCUUUAUCUAAAGCAAUUGUUGGUUGGCUAACUGAAUUGAAUAAAUCUAAUAAAUUUAAAUACUCUGGAGUUACACGUACAAAUAAAGAUGGAUCAGAAACUUUCUGGACUUAUGAAGAAUGGAAUUCAAAAAUUCAAACAAAUUUUGAAGCACAUUUUUGGAUACCCAUAGAAAAAAUAAAUAGUACACAAGUAGAACCCCAUCCAGAACUUAUUAAUCGUAGAGGAAUUUAUAAGGACACUGUAGGGGCUUCAAAUAAAUGGGGUGAUUAUCAAUUGCGCUGUAAUUAUCCAGUUGCAAUGGUUGUCGCACCAGAAUUAUUUUUUCCUGAACAUGCUAGAAUAGCUAUACAGAUUGCUUCUGAUGUUCUUCUUGGUCCAUUAGGCAUUAAAACAUUGGAUCCAACUGACUGGGCUUAUGAUGGUUUUUAUAAUAAUGAUAAUGAUUCAGCAGAUUCUAAAGUAGCUAAUGGCUAUAAUUAUCAUCAAGGACCGGAAUGGAUAUGGCCUGUUGGGUUUCUCUUAAGAGCUAAGCUUAUAUUUGCAAUAAAAAAACAAGUAGCUGUAUCAGAAGUUCUAAGUAUUUUGGCAAAACAUUAUGAACAUAUUCGAACCUCUUCAUGGAGAGGUCUACCUGAAUUAACUAAUAAAGAUGGAGCUUUUUGUUCAGGAUCUUGUCCAACGCAAGCGUGGAGUGUAGCUACUAUUCUAGAGGCUCUGACUGCAGUUACCAAUGUAAACUAGACUUGAUAUUAAAUGUUUUUUUUUAAUUAGAGCAAUAAAAUAUUUUUAUAAGUUAACAUAUUUAAGUAUUUAAUUUUUUUUACCAAUGUUAAUUGUAUAAAGUUAGAGACUAUUUUUAAUCAUUUCAAUUGUAUAAAAUAUUUAUUGUUAAAAAAAAAAUUGAUUUUAUUUUAUCAGAAUUUUAAUAUACCAUAUUUAUGAAAUUACUUCAAUAUUAUUUAAUUUUUAUAAACAAUUUUUGUAUAAAUUUACUAGUUGAUUUAUUUUUAAUUAAAUUUAGCUGAAAUUAUAUAUUGUAAUUAAGUUUCUGUUAAUAUAAAUUCAUUUAUUUGGUU